AUGCGUGGAAAUUUUCGGGGAGGAGGGCCGCCGUUUCGUGGUCGAGGAGGUGGACCUCCAGUUCCGUUGAUGAGCAUGGGACCACCGAUGGGAGGACCGCAAGGACCCCCUGGGCCAGGUGGACCGGGCGGACCAGGCGGACCGGGCGGCCCACCGCGACCAGCAUUCAACUCUCGACAACCUACUUUUGAUCUCACGAUGGCUAGCGAGUUCUUCCCGAAAGUCACUGAUUCCAAUGACACUCUGCUUACUCAGGAGAUUGUCAAUCGAUCGAUUAAAUUAACACCAACAGAAGUUGAACGAAGCCAUUUACAAAAUGCACUUACGAAGACGUUGAGCGCGUUGAGUAAAAUUAAAUCAGAUGACAAGUUGGUGCCAGGAUUGGUUAUCGAAGAAUACUCUGAAAUUGGAUCAUCGAAAAAAGACACAAUUCUUCUCGGUCACAAAACUCUUGAUAUAUGUGUUGUUUUGAAGUCUAUGCCGAUCAUUGAAUCAGUUCAUUCAUUGGGACAAAAAGUUGGCGAGUUGAUUCGUGCUGAGCGGGAAAUUAUUUCCGUGCAAUCUCGAGACUUUGGUUGUCUAAUCAACUUUACGUCAAUCGGAGUAAAAGUAAACUUGUUAAUUGGAACAAUCGCUGCUAAUGCUCCACAAUUGGAGGAAGGAUUACAUGUGUCUGAAAAGUUAAUGCUUCGCCAUUUGGCCGCUAAAAGGCACAUUCGGUGGUGGGAGGAUGCGGCUGCUGGAUCGCCGGUGAAGGAUCUCGUUCGGGUUUUCAAAGAUCUGCGCAAUAGAUAUCAAGGACUGAAGCCGUUGAACGUUUGGGCUAUCGAAUUUUUGUGCCACUUUUGUAUGGUUCAGUCGGCAAACCGUCAACCAUUACCGCUUGGACUAACAUUCAUGCGCGUUCUACAGUUAUUAGCCUCUGGAAUAUUCUUACCUGGUUCAUUGGGAUUGGCUGACCCGUGUGAUAUGCCAAAUAAUUUCCUUCAACAACUCACAUUCGAAGAAAUGGAUAAUCUUUGUUCUACAGCACAAACGCUAAUUCGGGUACUUGGACAUGGAGGUCAUCAAAGAAUUCUAGGAACUUCAUUAGAAAAUAUUGACGUGACUCGAGUUCCCACCUACUACACCACUGCUACAGAAAAGAUUGUUGUCACUCCGUUAGAUCGGGCAUACGAUGAGGAAGAAAUGAAAACCGAACCCACUCCAGCA